AUGCCCCGCGAGGAGCUCAAACAGUACCUCAAGGAGUAUUCGACGGAGAGCGGCCAGAAGCUCUUUGCCGCCGCCAACGUGGACAUGCUCGAGCACCUUCCCAUGUCCACCGUCUACGAGGCGUCCAAGAGCAGCGCCAAGUGGGAGCCGGCUAAGAAGGCCGAGACCGAGGCGGCGGCGUCGGCCAAGAAGUCGAGCGGCGCCGCACCGUGGUACAAGCCGGCGCGGCGGGCGCUGGGAGCCUAUUCACAGAGGGCUAAACGGGUAGGUAGGGCGUUUUGGCGCGACUCAGUGCCGACAGACCCCCUAUCUGGGUAG